AUGUCUGGCACAGUGGUCACCUCAAUCGGCCUCACCUCCCUGCCCUUGCUCUCGGUGGGCAAGGUCCGGGAGCUCUACAAGAUCGACGAGUCAACGCUGCUCUUCUCCAGCACGGACCGCAUCUCGGCGUACGAUGUCAUCCUGAAGAACGGCGUGCCCAACAAGGGCUUCAUCCUCACCCAGCUCACGGCCCAUUGGAUCUCCGUGCUUACCGAUAAGCUGCCGUCCCUCAAGACGCACCUGCUUAGCCUCGAGCCCCCCAACGGCCUGACCCCGGCCGACGCCGACAAGGUACGCGGCCGUAGCAUGCAGGUCCGCAAGCUCAAGAUUUUCCCCAUCGAAGUCAUCAUCCGUGGCUACAUUACUGGCUCGGCUUGGAAGGAAUACCAGAAAUCCGGCACGGUCCACGGCAUUCCCCAGCCCGCCGGCCUGGAGCAGUGCUCUGUCUUCCCUGGAGGCCCUAUCUACACACCCAGCACCAAGGCUGAGCAGGGCGAGCACGACGAGAACAUCUCGCCAGAGCAAGCUGCCGCUGUGCUGGGCGAGUACGCGAGCCGCAUAGAGGAGCUCGCCCUGACCGUGUACAAGGCUGGCGCCGAGUACGCACUGGAGCGGGGCAUCAUCAUCGCCGACACCAAGUUUGAGUUUGGGUUGGACGAGGAGACGGACGAGGUUGUGCUUGUGGACGAGAUCCUGACACCGGACUCGUCUCGGUUCUGGCCCGCCGACGCCUACCAGACCGGGCGGGACCAGGACAGCUUCGACAAGCAGUUCUUGAGGAACUGGCUGACCAAGGAGGGUCUCAAAGGCAAGGAGGGCGUGGCCAUGCCCGCCGAUAUUGCUGAGACCACUGGCGCCAAGUACCAGGAGGUGUUUGAGCGCCUGACCGGUAAGAAGAUAGAAGAUGUUGUUAAGACAUCUUAG